CCCAUGCCCCGUGCUGACAUGCAGGAAGCAAGGAAAAAAAACCCAGCCCUGUUGUAAUUUUUGUUGAUGGUGCUAAACUGCUUCCACUUCAAGAAGAUCCGUGUUGUCAGUGAAGGGGGCAGUUGCUUGAAUCUGGAGUGGUUAGGAGUGUGAUCUGUGUUUUCUGAUACCUGAUAGUAACAUUUAAAGUGGUUUAGGCUUUUCAGACUAGAAAUUAGGCAGUAAAGUCAUCUCUUUCUCCAUCUGACAAUGAUUUGUUUUUCUGCCUCUACUUGUGUGGACUUAAUAGUGAUGUUAGUAUUCAGCUUCUCUUUUGGCUGGGUCUGCAACACCUGCUUUUUGGUAACUUCUGUUAGAAUCAUAGAUGCUGGAAAUUCCUUCCUGCUGAGUUUUACCUAGCUCCUAGUGUUCUUGUCAUAUUUCUAGGUAUCAGCAUGUCUCUUUCUGGCUCCCAGUGACCCUCUGAGUUGUUUGUUGCUUCUUAGAUAGUGUUUGCUGAGCUUUUACAUGUCCCUCUGUGAACUCAAUCCCUCUCUUUUGCUGAUAAUCUGUGUUUCAUUUCAGGGAAACUGUUCCCAUGGCUUGUGGGGAGUGCAGCGCUUCAGCACUCGCUCAGGAUCCAGCAAGUAGGAAUAUCAGCCACUUCCAGCACAGAGAACUGACGUGCAGAUAGCAGAACCCUGCUGCAAGGUGAAUCAUGAUUCCAGUCACUGAGCUGCGCUACUUCGCUGACACUCAGCCAGCCUAUCGCAUCCUGAAGCCGUGGUGGGACGUCUUCACGGACUACAUUUCCAUAGUGAUGCUGAUGAUCGCUGUGUUUGGAGGAACGCUCCAGGUCACCCAGGACAAAAUGAUUUGUUUGCCCUGUAAAUGGGUUACCAAAGACUCUUGCAAUGACUCUGUCAGGGGAUGGACAGUGGCAGCCCCGGAGCGUCCCUACUACAACACUAGUCUUAUUCCCUCUGCUGAUUCGGGGCCUACAGGGAUCCGAUACGAUCUGGACCGGCACCAGUACAACUAUGUGGAUGCGGUGUGUUACGAGAACCGUCUUCACUGGUUUGCCAAGUAUUUUCCUUAUCUGGUGCUGCUACAUACCCUCAUCUUUCUGGCUUGUAGCAACUUCUGGUUCAAGUUCCCAAGGACCAGCUCCAAGCUGGAGCACUUUGUGUCUAUUUUACUCAAGUGUUUUGACUCUCCAUGGACAACGAGAGCAUUGUCUGAGACGGUGGUGGAAGAGAGUGAUACCAAACCAGCAUUUGGAAAAAUGAAUGGCUCCAUGGACAAGAAAUCCUCCACGGUCAGUGAGGAUGUGGAAGCCACUGUUCCCAUGCUGCAGAGAACAAAGUCUCGAAUUGAGCAAGGGAUUGUGGACAGGUCUGAGACUGGUGUCUUAGACAAAAAGGAAGGUGAGCAAGCCAAAGCGCUCUUUGAGAAAGUGAAAAAGUUCCGUACUCAUGUGGAAGAGGGAGACAUAGUUUAUCGCCUGUACAUGAGACAGACCAUAAUCAAAGUAAUCAAGUUCAUUCUCAUAAUUUGCUAUACUGUGUACUAUGUCAACAACAUAACGUUUGAUGUAGACUGUAAAGUGGACAUUGAGAGCUUGACUGGCUACAGGAUGUACCGCUGUGCUCAUCCUUUGGCCACUCUCUUCAAAAUCUUGGCUUCUUUCUACAUCAGUCUGGUGAUUUUCUAUGGUUUGAUCUGCAUGUACACACUGUGGUGGAUGUUGAGGCGGUCGCUUAAGAAAUACUCCUUUGAGUCCAUCCGGGAGGAGAGCAGUUACAGUGACAUUCCUGAUGUGAAAAAUGACUUUGCUUUUAUGCUCCAUCUGAUUGAUCAGUAUGACCCCCUCUAUUCCAAGCGCUUUGCUGUCUUUCUGUCAGAGGUGAGUGAGAACAAAUUGCGGCAGCUGAACCUCAACAAUGAGUGGACUUUGGAGAAACUACGCCAGAGGAUCACCAAAAACUCUCAGGAUAAGCUGGAAUUGCAUCUUUUCAUGUUGAGUGGCAUUCCUGACACAGUCUUUGACCUUAUCGAGUUGGAGGUCUUGAAGCUGGAGCUUAUCCCUGAUGUCACUAUUCCCCCCAGCAUUGCUCAGCUCACCAGCCUUAAGGAACUGUGGCUCUACCACACAGCUGCCAAAAUUGAGGCCCCAGCCCUUGCCUUCUUGAGGGAGAAUUUGAAAUCUCUCCACAUCAAGUUCACAGACAUUAAGGAGAUUCCUCUUUGGAUUUAUAGCCUCAAGACACUAGAGGAGCUUCACCUGACAGGGAAUUUGAGCGCUGAAAACAACCGGUACAUUGUGAUAGAUGGACUGAGGGAGCUGAAGAGGCUGAAGGUGUUGAGGAUGAAGAGUAACCUCACCAAACUGCCACAGGUGGUGACAGAUGUUGGUGUCCAUCUUCAGAAGCUUUCCAUCAACAAUGAGGGCACCAAGCUCAUUGUCCUCAACAGCCUUAAGAAGAUGGUCAACCUGACAGAGCUUGAGCUCAUCCGGUGUGACUUGGAACGCAUUCCUCACUCUAUUUUUAGCCUCCACAAUCUGCAGGAAAUAGACCUGAAGGACAACAACCUAAAGACUAUUGAGGAAAUCAUCAGCUUCCAGCACUUACAUCGUCUCACUUGCCUUAAGUUGUGGUACAACCACAUUGCCUACAUCCCCAUGCAGAUAGGCAACCUGACCAACUUGGAACGCCUUUACUUGAACCGUAACAAGAUAGAAAAGAUCCCUACCCAGCUCUUCUAUUGCCGAAAACUUCGGUACUUGGAUCUCAGCCACAACAACUUAACUUUUAUACCACCAGACGUUGGACUUCUUCAAAACCUGCAGAAUCUGGCUGUGACAGCCAACAGGAUUGAGAGUCUCCCACCAGAGCUGUUCCAGUGCAGGAAGCUGAGAACCUUGAACCUGGGAAACAACGUGCUGCAGUCGCUGCCCUCCCGGGUGGGAGAGCUGACCAACCUGUCGCAGAUCGAGCUGCGAGGGAACCGCCUGGAGUGCUUGCCUGUGGAGCUGGGAGAGUGCCCGCUGCUGAAACGCAGUGGGCUCGUGGUGGAGGAGGACCUGUUCAACACCCUGCCCUUGGAAGUCAAAGAGCGCCUGUGGAGGGCAGACAAAGAGCAAGCUUGAACCCCCGAGAAAAGGGGAAAGCCUCUGAUCAACUAGAAGGAAGCAAAAGGCCAUUUCAGUCCCCUUUCACCCAGAUGCUCCCCUUUCUCCACUCCAAUCACUAUCAAACUGGCCAAGGAGUACUUGACAAACAUGACUCUGAAUGAGUCAGCUUCUUGCCUCAGUUGCAGGAUGGGGAGGGCUUGCGAUCAGGAUGAGGAUCAAGACAGAUUAAUUGGCCUCUGAGCAGGGCCCAGGGGGAAUUAGAGGUGUUGCUGUUCUUCUGAACAGGAAUUGGGGUGAGGUGGAUUGUGCUGGUGAGGAGAAAUGACCUUUGAAUGGAGGAGAAAAUGAAUGUGGGGAUUGCUGCAUUGCUCCUAAUAGGGCUUAUAUGUGUCAGGGGCCGAGGGAGUCCAGUGUCCUGCAAGCAAAGAUCAAGAGACAAGGAAACCUCUAGAGCCUCCAUCUCUGUGACAGCUGGUACUGCUCCCCUCGGACUCAGGUUCAGUCAGUGAGCCCCCAGACUGGGGUGGGAUAGGACACAGACAGCUGAUAUUAUCUAGAUGCUGGUGUUAGGAUUUGGGAGAUAAACAUCUCGCAGCUGCUUGAAGGCAGAACUUUUUUUUUUUUUUUUUUUUACUAAUUUUCUUUUCCCCUUUGCACACUCCCCACCUUCUCCUGUGCCCCUGGAGAAGGAACCAAACCUUUAAGAUUGCACUACUGUAAUGGUUUCGAGUCACUUGUUUGGGUGAGUAGAUCACAGCAUCCUUCUCCAGCUGAUGUCCUGGAGGCACUAACUGACACACUUCCAGAGCUUUAGCCUGUUCUGAAAUGGAUGAUUAUAGUGCAGGUGGGAGAUCUGGAUAAAAAGCAGUUGGACUGUCUAAUCUACUCUCUCAGAAGCAUUGAAUUGCUUCUGGCUUUUAGUUCCAAUUUACUUUUUAAUUGCUGGUGUUUUGUUGCAUAUCAAGUAGAAAUGUACAACUGGCCAGUGUGUCAGGGCCCCUCAUGGGGUUGAAGAGGAAAUGUGGGCUUCCUCUGUACCUCUUGUCCCCCAUUCUGCCAUCCCCCAAAAUUAAGUUGUUAAAUUAAGUUGUUCAGUGCUCUGCCAGUGUUUUUCAUGGAUGCAGUCUAGAGAGCUGCUUGAUUGUUCUCUUCUGUUGUUCCCCUCACUUUAACAGCUGUCAGUUCCUGUUACACCUUUUGACCUAAAUAAGAGGCUAAUGCUGAUUGAACCUGGUGCUGGAAAAGAAAUCUUGUCCUCUUGUUUGUUCCUCCCUUUUCAUUCCCUCAGUGUUAAGGAGGAGAAUGAGAAUCCUCUGUGGACUGUACUCUUCUGACUCCCUGAAACAGAGCAGCCUUUACUGAAACAAGUUUGACCUGUUUGGUCACAUUUGUCAAAAAACCCCUCAACCUUCUGGGCUGGCAGAGGCAGAUAAUGUGUAACAGUUACUGAUUAUCAUGUCCUUAAGGUGGAGUGGUUAAGAUGCCUCCAGGACACAAAGGUCUUCAUUUUUCCAUCAGAAGGAAGAGGAGGUGCCUGGACCUACAGGUCCUGGUUGUAACACUCUGCAUCAGACCAACAGGUUGGCUCCAAGGUGCAGUGCUGCGAGCUGGGGGAUGAGAAGUUUGGAGGCCUCCCAUGUGUAUAAAGGGGGAAGCUACAUCCAGCUCCAGAGUGAUUCCUGACAAUCUGCUAGCCACUGCCCUGGCUUAUCACCUGGAUUGUGGUGAUCCCGUGGAUGUUGGGGCAAUAAGGCACAGUGUGGCUCUCUUCAUCAGAUGUAAGAUAUGGAAUAUAUAUAUAUACUAAAUAUGCUGAAACCAUGAACAAUGUUAACUGGACUCUGGAUUUAUUGAUGUUCAGAUGCUUAAAUAAAGCUACAUUAAAAUCA